GUCAAACUGCCUCCGACAGGCAACUCGCUCGAACGCCUUCGAUUGCCGCACUCGCUCGCGAUCGCGUCGUUACCGAGUCGUGAUAGUGUGUGACUCUGCUGUAUGACGGAUACUAAAUUAGGAUGAACGGCAGCACGACGACGGUGAACGGUGGCGCCGUCAACGGUACGAACGGCCUGAGUGGAAUCGGUGCUGCUCCACGGACGGCCACCCUCGGAACGCCCAGCAGCUACGCUUACACCUCGAGUGGCUCGCUGCUGGGACGAGGUAGCACCGCUAGGCCGGUACCUCCCCCGACCCUCCCGAAGUACAGCGGCUCCUUCAGUGCCGGGAGCACCUUGAGCUCGACCGGCCUGAGGGAGCGCGACAGGGAGGGCACGGGAGGCUCGCAUCGCUUGGCCAGCCUGGAGAGAUUGGCGCUGAGGCAGAGGAUCAUCGAGCAAACUUCCAAUAAUCAAGUUUCCAGUGUUACUAAUAACACCGGCGGCACGAAUGGCGGGCCCACCUCGGCCACCGUCACCCUCACCGAUACGGCCACGUUGCAGAGCAAGCGUGAGCUGUUCUUCAAAUCAGACACAGUGAGCGGAGGCGCGCCCGGGCUACCCGCCGCGCCUGCCCCGCCCUCCUCCAUCAAAGACGCUCUGGCGAAACGAUCAGCGACCCUCCCCGACCCCACAGAGAACAACCAUCACGAAGCGAACGGCAUCAACAACAAGAUAAGCAACAGCAUCUCGGAUCAGGGCAAGACGGGGACGAUGCCACCACAGACCCCAGCACCGCCUAUUCCAACGACCACGCCGCCAGCGGUGCCAGCGCCGCUGCGGAGUACAGAAAAUAUUAUGAAGAAACCCGAUCAUCCUCCAGUGGCACCGAAGCCGGAUCUACCGAAAAUAGAGAAACCAAAAGUCAAGGAGCUAGACGGAUACGUCGGUUUCGCCAACCUACCGAACCAAGUACACAGGAAGGCGGUGAAAAAGGGAUUCGAGUUCACGUUAAUGGUUGUAGGUGAGACGGGGUUGGGCAAAUCGACGUUAAUCAAUUCCCUGUUCCUAACGGAGGUGUACGACAAGGACAAACACCCGGGCCCGUCGCUGCGGGUGAAGAAGACCGUCGGAGUCGAGACCAGCGUCGUACUUCUGAAAGAGAACGGCGUGAAUCUGGCGCUUACGAUAGUGGAUACGCCGGGAUUCGGUGACGCGGUCGAUAAUAGCAAUUGCUGGCAACCCAUAAUCGAUUUCGUCGAAUCGAAAUACGAGGAGUUUUUGAACGCGGAAUCCCGCGUCGCCCGCAAGCCUUCCCCCUCUGACACGCGCGUGCACUGCUGCCUGUACUUCAUCGCGCCGAGCGGCCACGGCCUCAAACCGCUAGAUGUGGAAUUCAUGCAACGGCUUGGAGAUAAAGUGAAUAUUAUCCCCGUCAUCGCUAAAGCUGAUACCAUGACGCCGGAGGAGUGUAAGGAGUUUAAGGAACAGAUAAUGAAAGAGAUAGCGCAACACAAGAUUAAGAUCUACGACUUCCCCGAGAGCACGGGUGAAGAGGGCGAGGGGGCGGAGCGGGCGCUGCGGGCGCGCGUGCCGUUCGCUGUUGUCGGCGCCAACACCGUGAUAGAGCAGGAUGGCAAGAGGAUCCGCGGCCGCAAGUACCCGUGGGGCAUCGCUGAAGUGGAGAAUCUCGAACACUGCGAUUUCCUGGCGCUCCGCAACAUGGUGAUCCGCACGCACCUGCAGGACCUCAAGGACGUGACAAGCUCCGUCCACUACGAGAACUACCGCUGCCGCAAACUCGCCGGCCUCUCGCACGACGGGAACCCGCACCGUAUUAACUCUAACAAGAAUCCAUUAGCCCAAAUGGAGGAGGAGAAGCGAGCACAUGAUCUCAAGAUGAAGAAAAUGGAAAGUGAAAUGGAACAGGUGUUUGAAACAAAGGUGCGAGAGAAGCGCGCUAAACUCAAGGAGUCGGAAGCUGAGUUGGCGCGGCGGCAUGAGGCCACGCGGCGCGCGCUCGAGGCUCAAGCGAGAGAGUUGGAGGAGAGACACCGAGCUCUCCUUGCAGAACAGGCCGCCUGGGAGAGGGAGACGGGGUUGUCCCUGGAUGACCUGCGACGACGCUCGCUCGAGGCCAACAGCAAAGAAACAAUGGAUGGAAAAGACAAGAAAGACAAGAAGAAGAAAGGUUUGUUCUAAGUCCGCGUCUUGGCGGCUCUACACCCACCGUAACCCGCGUGACUAACGACAAUCCUCAAGGGGCAUUCACAUUAGUCGAUAACUACCGCCAUGCGGCGACCUGAGGCUUUCCUUACUUUUACUAGUAUUUUAUUGUAUAUAUAAUAUUUAUUGUGGUGUAUAAUUUUUAACUUCCAAUGUUUCAAUAAAGUGAACGUAUUGGCAAUUACAUUUACGUGUACGCCUCACGUCAGUUAAUAACUAAUGUAAUGCUCUCUCAACUAAUCUGUUGUGACCUCUUCGUAAACGAGGCCUUAUUCUAUUCGUUAAAUAGCUGUAUUUAUUAUAUUAUCGAGCAUAAUAACAAUAAAACAAUAAUUUUACCAGUAAGGUAUCCAACAUAUCGCAAACCUGAGAAGUUGUGUACUUUUGAGAUUUAACGAGAUUUAGUAUUUAUUAGUGCCAUUAUAUGUUCUUUUUACGGACUUUCGGGAGCCUAUGCGAGUUUCCAGCUAAAACUGUUUUAUUUUACAAGAACGAAAUCAUGUCGUGUUUACUUUGCCGUCGAUAGAUGGCGCUUUUACACUGUACCUUGUACCGAAGACGGGCGAGUCUGGAAACUCGCACGUAGGCUCAGUGAAUAACAUUUUCCUCUAACUAAUGAAUGGGUAUACUUUUAUAAUAAUUGUAACAAUGUGUGAAACUCUUAAAUGACUAAUGAAAGGGCUUAUGUGUUGUACAUAUUGCUACAUUCCUGUAUUCAAAACUCGAGUGUUUGUAAUUAAUUACAUUUAAGUAAUUUUACUCUUGAUUUCUUCCUAAUCAACUUUUCUAAUGCAAUUGAUGAAUUUUGAAAAUUUUCAGAUUGGUCAUUUAAGGCUGUCGCAAGUGGGAUAGCCAUAUAGAAAUGCACUAUUACACUAUGUAGACCGUAUACCGUAUUGUACUUACAAAGAACAACGACGUAAAAGACUAUGUUAUUUAACUUUAACUUUAUUUAUUUAUUAAGGUCAAAAUUUUUGUAUUCGUGUGUUUAUCAAUAAUUCCAUGACAAAGCAUUUAUUUUGAUAAGUCGGGCCUAAAUUUUGUAUGGGUUUCCUAAGAGUUUUGAUACAUUUUAUUGACUCCAUCUGUUUAGCUAGUGGUAGCCGAGGCACAAUUACUUUUACUUGAUUUGACUUAUUCGUCCACAGAGAUGCCAAAAUAGUUGUAAUUUUCUCAUCGGGUAACAUUGUCAGUGAAACUAAAGUUCAGCUCAAAUUGUAAAAUUAAAUUUAGUAAACAAUAAUGCUAGAUUAAUUUCUAUUAACGCUAGCUAGUUGAAUGUGGUAUUUACGAGAUAUUAAUUAUAGACUUUUCCAUAGACGUGUAAUUUUUUCCCAAAAGUGACAUUACAGUUUUAAUGUUGCCACAUUUAAUUUUAAAGACAUUAAUCGUAACAUCUUUGUAUUUUAGAAUUCGUAGUGUCGAUACUACUUCAGGAUUUUAAAGUUUUAAUUAGACUUUUUCUAAAAUAGCAUUGCAGUUGGGCUUGGGUGCAUUCUGAUAGGCACAGCGUCUCUACGUUAUAUUGUGCUUAGUGAUAUUAAGUAUGCUCAUAGUUGUGUGAGUUAGGAUCUAGCUCUAGCUAGGUGUUAGCGUUUAUUAUAAGGGAGGGGUUGUAGCACUGCUCAUACAAUUGUUUUAUACUCAUUGUUCUUCAUAUUCUGUACCAUAGAUUCCUUAUAACAUGUUAUAAAUCUAUAUUAUGUUACAUGUACAGCGCGCGUCCAAGAUGGCCGACGGUCUGAAGUUAGCUGUGUUACUUGAGAUUCCUGUCUGUUUCGCUAUCGUAGCUAAGUUCAGACUAUUAACAUAUUGGCGAGCGCUCUAUUAUCCUAUAGCUCUUAGAUAUUCUAUACUUCGUCUUUUGUAAAUAUUUUUUUUAUCGCAUCUGGACCAUCGACGCGUCAAUGCAUUAUAUACGAUGAAUUUAAUCGUUUGUAUUAAUUUCCUACACCGCAGUAUUGAUUUUCGCGUUUAUAUUUAGGAGUUAGGUACAAGUGUAUGCUUAUUUUGUAUUUUGUGUAGGGUGACCACCCAUUACCAUACGAUUAUUUGCAUAGUCAUUAUAAAGAAUGUACGGACAGCGAUGAAGCGAGACGGUGUAAUAUAUUGUACCUUUAAAUAAAUAUAAAUACGUAAUAUAUUA